CAUCGACACACACACUCUCCCAAAUCAGCUCGAGAACGCUUAGCCACCAAGUGUACUCGAUCUCUCCCUCCCUCUUGAGCACCUAGCUCAAGCUUAAGCUUUAGCAGGUCUAGCUGAAGCUACAACAGCGACAGCAAUGGCAAGCAUCUCCUUGCCGCUGCUGCCGGCCAUGGCGGCGGCGGUGCUGCUGUUGGCAAUGGCCGUGGGCUCCUCCGACGCGCAGCCAUCUCCCGGCUACUACCCGAGCUCGAGGUUCAGGCCGGUGGCGUUCAACCGCGGGUACAAAAACAAGUGGGGCCCCCAGCACCAGACUCUCUCCGGCGACCAGUCCGCGCUCACCAUCUGGCUCGACAAGACCUGUGGGAGUGGGUUCAAGUCGAAGCAUUCAUACCGGAACGGCUACUUCGCCACCCGCAUUAAGCUCCCCUCCGGCUACACCGCCGGCACCAACACGGCUUUCUACCUGUCGAACAACGAGGCGCACCCUGGUUUCCACGACGAGAUCGACAUGGAGUUCCUGGGCACCAUCCCGGGCGAGCCCUACACGCUCCAGACUAACGUCUACGUCCGCGGCAGCGGCGACGGCCGGAUCAUCGGCCGCGAGAUGCGCUUCCACCUCUGGUUCGACCCCACCGCCGGCUUCCACCACUACGCCAUCCUCUGGAACCCCGACGCCAUCACUUUCUUCGUGGACGACGUGCCGAUCCGGAGGUACGAGCGCAAGACGGAGCUGACGUUCCCGGACCGGGAGAUGUGGGCCUACGGGUCCAUCUGGGACGCCUCCGACUGGGCCACCGACGACGGCCGCCACAGGGCCGACUACCGGUACCAGCCCUUCGUAGCCCGCUUCGACCGCUUCGUCGUGGCCGGCUGCGCCACCACGGCCCCGGCCUCCUGCCGGCCCGUGCCGGCGUCCGGCCCACGCGGCUCCACGGGGCUCACGCCGAGGCAGUACGCCGCCAUGCGCUGGGCGCAGCAGGGACACAUGGUCUACUACUACUGCCAGGACUUCCGCAGGGACCGCUCCCUCACCCCCGAGUGCUAGUUACUGCUAGCCGGUGAACAGCGCGCCGGGCACCCGUGAAUGGUGCUUUGCUGUCUGUGCCGUGUGUCUGCUGCUGCUAUUACUGCUGCAGUGCUACUACUACUGCAUUUUGGUUUGUUUGGGAAAGGAAAAAAGGAAAAGGAAAGGGAAAGGUUGUGGCUGCCCUACCGCUGCUGCCUGCUUGCCUGUGGGAGCUAGCUAGGCCGGUGGUUGAGGCGUUGGUCGGUGUGGCAUAUUGCCAAAAAGGGGUCACUCGAUCGUGUCUUUUCAUCCGUUUUUUGUUUUGGUUGUGUCUCUUUUCCUUUCGUUAUUUCGUUUCACAAGCAUAGCCCCAAAGGGGCAAAGACGCAUGAUUCCACAGGGUGCUCUAAUGGAGUAUCCUCUCAAUGUUAAUGAUUUAUGCAGUAUAGAAUGGAUGUUCUCAAUGCUACUAGUAAUGAUUUAUUAUAUACAUGUGGAGUAAA